CUUUAACAUUAAGUGUGAUGCUAAAGGUAAACUUGUCACUGCUAAUUCCCAUAAUCCUGAUUACCGUAAUAAAGAAAAUCCGACCAAAAAUCCAGAACAAUGUGACGAUGCCGAGCGCAAUCCUUAUGGGUAUACUAAAAUACCUAAUCUCCUUUCGCGUAAUCCAAUUACUUAUAAAUAUGAAUCGGCCGAUAUUUACACAGAGGACCCCACAUUCAUCGGGUUUCAAUCGAAACCUAAAACAUUCAAUAAUAAUGAUACUUGCUUAAAUAUUCUUGAUUUUAGAACUAGUCGGUUAUCACAUGAUGCACGAUAUGAACAGCAGUAUAUGACAAAAACGGAUGCGCCAUUUAUUUUUACUUAUGUUGAUAUGAAAGUUUGUUGUAAUCGUCAGGUUUCUGUUACUGUCUCUCACAGUGUCUUCCCCCAGACCCGUCUUUACAUCGAUGGAAAAAUGUUUAGUGAGCAAGAACAGACUGACCUUGGUCAGUUUAUCCUAUAUGGAGGCCGUCAGUCAGAUCCUUCUAAAUUAUCCAAAGAUGGUCAUGGGAAAAUCGCACCUUCUG